AUGACAAUUCUAUCCAUGCGGGAGCUUCUCCAGUUCCCCCCUGGCGAUAACGAAACGGAUACGCUAAUCAACGGCGUUCACUUCAAUACCACGACAUUGAACCAUUUUAACUAUACUCUCUAUUCGAACGGCACGCUGUCGAACAUUUCUAAUUGUUGGUUGACGUUCGAUAUCUACAAACCUCUCCUGCUGCCGAACGGAACAUUUAUAAACGGUACAUCGUGCUAUGUUCCGAUCAAGGGACUGAGAGCUCGAGGGAGCAUCGGAAUUGCAUUUGCAGCUCUCUUUGCGGCCACAUUGUUUCUUACUGUUAUAAAUCUUCGAAAACAUGGCGAACGUCUCCUACCGCUUGAAAAACGGUGGACGAUUGUUGGGAGGCGAGCACAGUGGUAUUGGAUGAUAUUCCUUACAGCCUGCGGAAUGAUUAGCUGCUUCAUGAGCAUUGACGUGGAUCGAGACUAUUUGCCUCAAACUGCAAUCGUCUUACAGAGCUUCUUCUACUACCUCAUGAUACCCGUUAUGCUUGCCGUGAUCUGGGAAGCUGUUAGGCACUGGGGAUCAUGGCAGGAACGCCAGGUAGCCGAUCGAGAUAGUUCCGCAUUCCCUGCAGAAACAACUAGAGAGCGACAAGAGCUCUUCCUGCCGCUGAUAUUUUAUUUAUUUGCUUUUUUAUCUUUCUUCUUAUAUAUCCCAAGGUCGUGGUCAGCGAUAGAAAAACAACGGACUUUUGAGCAGCAAGAAGCUGUAGCUAGGCAAGCAGCAACUGAUAGCCGAUUCAAGGCUGGAAAUAUCCUUGCGGCCUUUUGCAUCUGCAUAAUAUGUUACAGUCUGGGGCAUAGUCUAUUCAGAUAUAAGUGGCAGGUUCAAGGACGGCCUUCGCUUAUAUCCAUAGUCAUGUCUAUCCCAGUCAAGUUCAUUAUCGUUCUUACGCUUGCAGGUAUCGCUGUUGCAUUCAAUAUUGCAUCCUCUUUUAUCUGGGAGAUAUCCCCGCUGAAGUAUGAUGGCAACCCAGGAUAUUUAUACGGCUUAGGAUACGGGCCCCAUCUUGUGAUAGUCACGAUUUUCAAUAUUUUUGCCUACCUUGAACCAAAUGAGGAUAGGCAGUUGAUAAGGCAGAGAAUUCAGCGUGGGCGUGCCACUGAUACUGAGCUCGGCAUCGAAGCUGGUAGAAGGAAGCCUGCCUGGUGGAGGCGAUUGCGACCAGACUUCAAAGGCGAGGUUGGAAAUAGCUACGAGUCAAGGCUUCGUGCUCUCACUACAGAGGUUGGUGGCGGUAGACCAACGCAACGAAAUAUAGAACAAAGGGUGGAGAUGGGCGUUAUUGAUACCAGCCGCUAUAGGGAUUCCGUUGAUUCCCAGGCACAAAGCAACGCGGACCCAUUCACGGAUGAGCAUCGCCACCCUCCAGACCCCCAGCCUACUGGUGGUAGAUCUACCGAAGCAUCCAUCGAACCUGGACCCAGAGCAGGCCAACUUCCAAGUAGUGCGGCAAGCCAAUUUUCUCAGUCGUCCGGCGAAACGCUUGUUUCUCAGGCCAGAAAUCAACAGCGUGUCAGAAGCAUGUUGGAUGUAUAG